AUGGAAAUAACUCGUAGAAUAUAUUUUAUUGUCUUGGGACUUAUAUUAACAAUGUUAAUUGAUUUAUAUUUAAGUUCAUCAAAAAAUGUACUUAUUUUCUUAGCAUUUAUUCGCAUACUAGGAAUAUUUAUUGCAUUUUUUUAUCGAAUUAUUUAUGAUAACUAUGAUAAAAAUAUUGAUUAUAAUACAACAAAAACAUUUUGGAGUCCAUUUAAAAAUAUAUUUGUCAUUAUUGCAGCUAUAGAACAAGCAUUUAUUAUGUAUUAUAUAAAAUUUUCAUAUGAUCUUCAAUCAAUAUUAUAUAUAAUUGAACAAGUAUCAAUGCCACUUUUUGUUUAUCUAUGGAUUCGACGUAUAGAAAAAGAAGAUUUUAGUGUUUUACAAUAUAUUUGGUUUGAGGUAUUUGAUUCGACAAAUGAUCGUGAUCUUCAAUCAAAACGUAAAGAUGAACUUCUUGCGCAGCUUUAUGCACCUGAAGUUUUCGUACCAUUAUAUACCGGAAGACUUUUAUCAAGUGUUGCAUUUAAAGAAGCAUGGUCACAAUUUCAAUAUAAUUUAAUUAUGUUUAUUGUAGUAAAUUUUGCUGGUGGUUUUCUUGGUGGAUUUCGUAUGGGAAUUUUUUCUCUAUGUAUUUCACGUCUUAGUAUACGUUUACGAACAAAAUUAUUUCAAUCAUAUUUACAACAAGAAAUUGGUUUUUUUGAUACACAUGAAAGUGGAAAAUUACUUUCACGUCUUAAUCAUGAUACACAAGUAAUGAGUUCAACAGUUGCUAAUAAUAUAGCACAAUGUAUUGGUGCAUUUGUUAGAUUUAUUGGUACAUUAAUCAUGAUGAUUAAAUUAAGUCUUCAUUUAACAAUAGCUUGUCUUAUUGGUGCUCCUCUUAUAUUAAUUGUUGCUAAAAUAAGUGGUAAUGCACAUAGACGUAUAUCAGAAAAAGUUCAAGAUUUAUCAGCUGAAGCAUUUGAAAUAGCUGAAGAAACAAUUCAAACAAUACGAACAGUUCGAAGUUUUGGAAAUGAAAAUGAAGAAUUAAAAAGAUUUGAAAAUACUCUUCAACAAUCAUAUCAAGUUUCAUGGAUACAAGCUAUUUUAACUUCAGCACAAAAAUGGUUUGUUGAAUUAGCACAACUUUGUAUGAGUAUUGUUAUGCUUGCUUAUGGUGCAAAACUUGUACGUGAUAAUUAUAUAACGGGACCUGAUUUAUUAGCAUUUAUUAUUUAUGAAUUAACACUUGGAGGAAUAUUAAGUGAUAUUUCGCAGAUUUAUACAUCACUUAUGUCAGCAGCUGGUGCAAGUUAUUCAGUUUUUGAUUAUUUAGAUCGUAAACCAAUGCAAAAACCAAGUGGUAUUAUACAACCACAUGAAUUACAAGGUGAUAUUGAAUUUGAUAAUGUUUCACUUGUUUAUCCAGCAAGACCGGAUGAAAUUGCUAUUCAAAAUAUGUCAUUUAAAAUAAAAUCAGGUCAAACAUGUGCUUUUGUUGGACCAUCUGGUUCUGGAAAAUCAACAUGUAUUAAUUUACUUGAACGUUUUUAUGAUCCUACUCAUGGAAAAAUUUUAAUUGAUGGUCGAGAAAUUCAUGAAUAUGAUCAUAAAUAUCUUCAUAAAAAAAUAGCUAUGGUUGGACAAGAACCAAUUUUAUUUAAUAGAUCUAUUCAAGAAAAUAUUACUUAUGCUAAAGAUAAUUAUGAUGAAACAACAAUAAUUCAAGCAGCACAACAAGUUAAUGCACAUGGAUUUAUUAAUGAACUUAUUAAUGGUUAUAAUACUAAAUGUGGACAACGUGGUGGUCAUUUAUCAGGUGGUCAAAAACAACGUGUAUCAAUUGCUCGAGCUAUUAUUCGAAAGCCAACUAUACUUCUUUUAGAUGAAGCAACAUCAGCAUUAGAUCCUGUCAAUGAACGAUUAAUUCAAGAUUCAUUAUUUUAUAAAAGAGACAGCCAAGAACCUCGAACUGUUCUUAUAUCAGCACAUCGAUUAAGUACAAUAGAACGAUGUGAUAAAAUAUUUGUUAUACAUAAAGGUCAUUUAAUUGAACAAGGUACACAUGAUGAAUUAAUGACAAUUGAAAAUGGAAUUUAUCAUGAACUUGUUCGACGACAAAGAAUGAAUAUUGAUGAUGAUUAA